CGAGGGGGUGGAGCAGAGGGAGGAAGAGCAGGAGGAUGAGGGGGAUGAAGAUAUGCGGGAUGGUGGGGUUCCCUUCUUCGUGAACCGGGGUGGCCUGCCGGUGAACGAGGAUACGUGGGAGCGGAUGUGGCGGCAUGUUGCCCGAAUUCACCCUGAGGGCGAGGCUGUGGGCCGGAAGAUCAGGGGAGCCAGUGACCUGCCUAAGAUUCCGAUACCAAGCGUGCCUACGUACCAGCCAGCCACCACCGUCCCACACCGCCUGGAAGCCAUACAGAGAUACAUCAGGGAUUUGCAGUACAAUCACACUGGAACACAGUUUUUUGAAAUCAAGAAGAGCAGGCCUCUUACUGCGUUGAUGGACAUUGCUAAGGAAAUGAUCCGCGAGUCUCUACCAAUCAAAUGUCUGGAGGCAGUGAUCCUGGGAAUUUACCUCACCAACAGCAUGCCAGGCGUAGAGCGCUUUCCGCUCAGCUUUAAGACGCAGUUCUCAGGGAAUCACUUCCGGCACAUAGUGUUAGGGGUGCACAGCGGGGGCCGCUUCGGGGCCCUGGGCAUGAGCCGGAGGGAGGACCUGAUGUUCAAGCCGCUGGAGUUCCGCACACUGGCUGACCUCGUCCACGAGUUCGAGGGCGCCUACCGCGGCUACUGGCACACCCUGCGCAAGGUGAAGAUCGGCCAGUACGUGUCGCACGACCCCCACAGCGUGGAGCAGAUCGACUGGAAGCACUCCAUCCUCGAUGUGGACAAGCUCUCGAAGGACGAGCUUCGCCGGGAGCUGGAGAGGCACACUCGAGACAUGCGGCUCAAGAUUGGGAAGGGCGCACCUCCCUCCCCUACCAAAGACAGGAAGAAGGACGUCGGGUCCCCCCACCGCAUCCCGGCCAGCCCUUUGCGCAGGAACAGCCGCAGCGAGAGACGACCUUCAGGGGAGAAGAAGGUGCUAGAGCCAAAACCCCCUGGGGACAUGAAUGGGUACCAGAUCAGGGUGUGAGGAAGGUCAUCCAGGACACCAGGAGGAGCUGUGUUACAAUAAGACCAGUGAAUGACUGCAGCUGGCUCUGCAUGGAGAACGAACCAGAAGGUGUUUUUGGUCCCAACUCUUGGGUGGUGGUGUAAACCUUUGUCUAAAGAAAAGAUGAAGAGACGCCUGUUUUUUAAAAUCGAUUCAUUAUAACAAAGAAUGUGCUUUAAAAGAGAACAGGAGCUUUGUUUAUUUGGGGUGACAGACACCAGUGCAAUUUGUAAAGCGACGGAACUAAACAGGGACAGCAAUGUGAACAUGGACACAGGGUUUUUUUGGUCACUUGUGUCCAAUUAACAAAUCAGCGGCUCCACAAUGAUGGAAUUUGAAGGUAAUUUCAACGAUAGAUGUGUGUAAAUACAAUUAACCGCUAGCCUGCUGGACAGUAAUCAAGCUUUUGUAGUAGAUAGUUUGCGAACCAAGCAUCUGGUGCCUUUCAUGUAAGAUUUAAUAGGUAAUGUAUAAUUCAUAAACCCCAGAACCAGGCAGUUACACUUUGCGAGGUAAGCUAAGGGAAAACCCUGGCUAAGUGCUCCAGCGGGAGAGUCAUGGCUGAAGCAGCACACAUACACACGUCCUCUCAGUUGCCCUGUAUGAUUUGUCAGUUUGGGCAGGCUAAGGGCCACCGUAUAAAUGUCUUGCAUACGUAGGGACAACAUCUUGAAGGCUUCCCAUCCUCUCCCUCCUCAAAAAAUAAUGAUGUAAUAAUUGGUGUUACUCGCAUGCAUUCAGACUUUGUAGCUUACAGGUACAAUAGGUAAUUUCGGACUCCUAACAGCCAAGAGAGAAUUGCAGCAACAAACAUCCUGAAACCUCUACACUGCAUAUCCCUCCGCCUUCUCUGUUGAAACCCCAUUGGCUGUGGCAGUUGGACCCAAUGUUCAACCAGUUAGCUUGAAUUAUUUUUUUACAGUGCCGGUACGUCAACUGUAUAUUUUGAAAGCCAAAUUUAAGGACUAUAAACACAGGCAGAGGGUGAGUCAACAUGUCAGUGAGCCUUUUUCAAUGAUAGGAAGGAAUUUACAAUGGUCUUGUUAUUGCAAUGGUCUUGUAAUAAUGUUUUAACACAAAAAUCUAUUGUACCUUUAACUUAGUAAGUGUGACUGUUCAAUCCAGUCUACCAUCUUACUGCUGUGAAUUAUCUACCUGUGACUGACUGGGGAGGACACUAACAGCAUCUAUAUGAUGUGCAGAAAGAAACAUGCUUUUUAUAAUGGGGUCCCUUGAUUAGAAUGGCGUAUUUCCCUACCAUAUGUUUACACCAAGAUCUCUCACAUUUACUGAAAGAGGGAGCAGCUAAUUUUAGUAUUGUCAAUCGAUUAAGGUAUACCGUUACCUGAGUUGUAGCUAGGUAAGAGCAGAGGGAUUUCAAAUAUCUCACAAAGUUACUUUUUGUGUCAUAGGGAUUGUCGUUAAAACAACAGUACAUUGCUAUUCUUAACAGUGACUUCAGGAAGUGAUCGUAUGCUUUUAAAUGUUUGCCAAGGUAUUUGAAGUCUUAAUGAGGUCUAGGCGCAAAAAAAGUGGUUUGUUUACAGUAUCCAUGUCAGUAUUUUUUAUAUACACUGUACAGGGGCAUUGCUGCCAUUUUACACUUAUCAAUGUUGUAAUCACUUGUGGAGUACCUCCACAUUUUUAGUGGAGAAACAAUCUGACCUGCUGGUGAGGAACUCAGUUCAUAGAAAGCUUUUUGUGUAUUGGUCUUUGCCCCAUCCUGUGUUUUCAGUAAUAUCAUCAGUUAGUGAUUUGCCUUACUUUUAUUUCUCCAUGAUGAUGAACAGCUUAUUUGUACUACAUCAGCACAUACAUUUUUGAAUCGUGUUGAAAGCACUGGUGAAAACCAACCAACUCACAACACCAGGUCUACUUGGAAAAGAGAAAGACCUAUUAUUCACCCCCAACCUAAGAUGUGCGUGCAUUAAUGUGUAACUGGAGAAAGCAUUCAUUCCGAAACCAUUUCAGCAAAUUUCCUGUCUUCUGCUGGAGGAAAAAUUGAUUGGAAUUUUGCUGUCAGAGGAAAGAUGUUCUUGGCUCCAAAGUUAUGUGCAGAAGUUUUUGCUGCCUGUUUUUUAAAAUCUGUCAUCAAUGAUAGGAUCUCUAAGAGGUCGGAUAUUUACAAUAUCAGUUGACCUUUUUUUUUUUAAUUCCAUGACAAUAAUUCUACUGAACUCCCAUUUAAGUGACACCUGCAACAAGUGACAAAACCAGAGCAGAAAAUAAAUUUAAAUAGAUUUAAUGUUACAGUGUAAUGAAGAUGUGAUUAGCCAGCGCCCACACUGAUUUGAGUUACACCUAGUCAAUAGAUUAGUGUGCAUCUACUCAGUGUGUGUGUAGAGGCCUUCACUGUAACCACAGAGAAAACCCAGAUAAUACAGGCCGCUUGAUUACAAGAGGGAAAAAAUUGAUGGAGAUUGGAGAUGUGGACAUUUUUUGUAGUAAAUUCAUUCAAAGAACAUCCCUUAGCCAAGCAAAGGAAAUGAAAAACAAACAAUUUUUUGAUGGAACUUGGCCUCCAUUUUAAUACAUACUCUCUGGCAAUUGGAAGCAGUUCAGGUCUGCGCCUUCACUAAUUAUAAAACAUACCCUUACUGAAGCACUGUGACAAACUUCUCCAUGUUUGGAGUUUGAGAAAUGGCUCUUGCAAAUUACAAGUUAUUGUUAUUGUUUUUUUUCCCCCUCGUGUAUUUUUCUUACUUUGUUUCUGCUCUUUGGGAUAAAGGAAGUGUUGAAUGGAACUUUUGAGUAGUUGGAUUUCUCUCUCCAGAAAACAGAUCAAAUCAGCACUAUGAAUUUGUGACACUUGAAUCCAAAUAAAAAAAAGGUUUUGGUGUA